AUGGCCCUGGAGACGGUGCCAAAGGAUCUUCGGGAUCUGCGCACUUGUCUGCUGUGUUUGCUGGUCAAGACUAUUGACCAGUUUGAAUAUGACGGCUGUGACAAUUGUGAUGCAUACCUGCAGAUGAAGGGUAACAGAGAGAUGAAGUAUGACUGCACCAGCUCUUCCUUUGAAGGAAUCGUUGCAACGAUGAGUCUAGAGGACAGCUGGAUCUCCAAGUGGCAGCGAGUCAGUAACUUUAAGCCAGGUGUGCAUGCAGUAUCGGUCACUGGUCGCCUGUCCCAAGGAAUAGAGUGGGAGCUGAAGAGUCGAGGAGUUGCCUACAAAUCCAGAGACACGGCUAUAAAGACCUAGCUGGAGUCGUGGUCACCAUCCUUCUUGCCCCACCUUUCUUGCCUCUUAUUUUCUGUUGUGGAACUAAAUGGGCAGAACUGCAGAUUCUCCACA